AGUUGCUCACUGCAUUUCAUGAAUGGAAAAGGAAAUAGCAACAAGACCAUAUGACUUGACAGCCUUCGUGAAUUGCAGGACCUUUUUGAAAAAUCACUCUAAUUACAUUUUUCAUAACAGUUUCCACUUGUAAGUGGUUUUGAGAGUCAGUGCUGCUGAGUGAGCCGUGCAGUUAGCUCUUACAGGUUAGAGCUUCAUUAGCUAGAAAGCUAGUUACUGAUUCAUUGACUAGCCGCGGGAACUCUACAUCACUGUCCGGCUUGUGUAACUGAUACAAAACAUAAUAAACGGUGAAAAAAAAUGUUGAAGGAAAUCUUCGAGCUGCCGCCUGAGGAUAAAAUAUUUUACGCCGUCUUGGUGUUUUCAUGGACGGUUUAUCUUUGGGAGGCCUACCUCUCUCACAGACAGAGGAGGAUCUACAGCUCUGCCACGCAUGUGCCCGCUGAGCUAGGGAAGAUUAUGGAUGCUGAGACGUUUGAGAAGUCACGCCUCUACCAGCUGGACAAGAGCAACUUCGGUUUCUGGAGUGGACUUUACUCUGAAAUCGAGGGAACGCUCAUCCUGCUGUUUGGAGGCAUCCCGUUCCUCUGGAAGAUCUCGGGACACCUGAUCGGCCACUUCAGGCUCGGCCCGGAGUACGAGAUCUCGCAGUCAUUGGUCUUCUUGCUGCUGGCGACGUUAUUCAGCGCCUUCACAGGUCUGCCGUGGAGUCUCUACAGCACGUUCGUCAUCGAGGAGAAGCACGGGUUCAACCAGCAGACGUUGGGCUUCUUCCUGAAAGACGCUCUGAAGAAGUUUGUGGUGACUCAGUGCAUUCUGCUGCCUGUCACCUCUCUGCUCCUCUACAUCAUAAAGAUCGGCGGAGAAUAUUUCUUCAUCUACGCCUGGCUCUUCACGCUUAUCGUCUCUCUGAUUCUGGUGACCAUCUACGCCGACUACAUCGCCCCGCUGUUCGAUAAGUUCACCCCACUGCCAGAAGGAGAGCUGAAGACAGACAUCGAAAGCAUGGCCCAGAGCAUCAGCUUCCCGCUCACCAAGAUCUAUGUGGUAGAAGGCUCUAAAAGAUCCUCACAUAGCAACGCCUACUUCUACGGUUUCUUCAAGAACAAGCGCAUUGUGCUGUUCGACACACUGCUGGAAGAUUACUCGCCCCUGAACAAGAAAAACGAUGGAGAGCCCGUCACUGAACAGAACAAGACCGAGGAGACGGGAGAUGAGCCCAAGCUCCAGCCUAAGCACAAAAAGCAAGGCUGCAGUAAUCUAGAGGUUCUGGCGGUUCUUGGUCAUGAAUUGGGACACUGGAAGCUGGGCCACACAGUGAAGCACAUCGUCAUCAGCCAGCUGAACUCGUUCCUCUGCUUCUUCCUGUUCGCUGCUCUGAUUGGGCGGAAAGAGCUCUUCAUGGCCUUCGGCUUCCACGACAGCCAGCCGACGCUCAUUGGGCUGCUCAUCAUCUUCCAGUUCAUCUUCUCCCCCUACAACGAGCUCCUGACGUUCUGCCUGACCGUGCUGAGCCGCAGAUUCGAGUUCCAGGCAGAUGCGUUUGCACGAGCCAUGGGUCGAUCGACUGAGCUCUGCUCGGCCCUUAUCAAGCUAAACAAAGAUAACCUGGGCUUUCCUGUGGCUGAUUGGCUCUUCUCGAUGUGGCACUAUUCCCACCCUCCACUGCUGGAGCGCCUCAGGGCCAUCAAGGACACAACGAAACAAGACUGACGGUUCCACCAGGGGGCGCCACAUUCACCAUCUGCCCCUCACAGAACGGGCCUCGGAUGGCCAUUUCUGGCUGUCUAAAUUAAGAAAGAAAGAAAAAAAAAGUCUCUCUCUUAAUAUCUAUCUCUUACUCCUUUAAUUUUUGAGGGUUCGUUUUGCAAAUUUUGUACCCGUUUUAAUUAAUUUGCUUUAAUUGGACUUGUAUACAGUGCAGCAGAAAGAGGAGUCGAAAAAGAUCGUGCUUUUUAAAUUCAGAAACGUCCUCUCCUUCUCAAUUCACAGCAAAAUAAUCGUUUUAUUUUCCAUAUCCUCCAUACUGUCGCCUUGAUUUUCCAGGAGAGAGACGGCACGAGGCAAAGCACCUCGUUUAACCUUGACAGUGACGAGGAGCACCUUAUAAAAAUGCCUGGCGUUGUUCUAGUUACAUUAGUUCACUACUUUGAGUAAUUUGAGUUUCUUUCAAACUAAAGAUUGUCAUUAUACCUGUAAAUACAGUGAUUUUUUUUUUUUUAAUUCUGAGCAACUUGGAAAAAUAAAUAAUACAUUUCAGAAUUGUUGACCGUAGUUAGAAAUCUGUUGAAAUUUUUACACUUUAGUUUUUUUUUUUAUUUUGAAUGCCUCCAGCAUAUGAGUGUGCGCGCGUGUUUAAAAAAAAAAAAAAAAAGUGAUGAAGUUAUCCAAUUCCCUUUAUUUUUUCGUGUCUACAUUUGAUGAAAUCCAAAGCGUUAACUUUCCAGGAGAGCCUUAUCACUGGUCAUCAACCAACUUUACUUUCUCAGUAUAUCUCAGUGUCACGUCACAGACAUUGCCUUGAGAAAAGGAUUUCAUUGCGGUGGAUUAAUUUUUGCAUGCUUGAGUUAACAAUCCACUCAUCCAACUCGUAGAGUUCAGAACAUAUUGGGAUAAAAAAGAGAAAAAAACCCCCAGAAAGGAUUAAAAGAGAGGGAUAAAGCCAUAAUCAAGGAUUAAGCACAGGAUUAAGAAGACGAGGAUUUAGUGAGAAGUUGUCAGAUGUGUUUAGGCAUCUCAGGAGUUACAUUAUACAGUAUGUGGCGUUUUUUCUCUGUCAGAGAUUUCGGAUUUGUCCACCUUAGAAGCAAAGCUCACCUUGGAACUCAUCAUCCCUUUCCACAUUUGCUGUGUUUGAUGUGAUGUUUGUGAAUGUGAAUGUACCAUCUCAUGAAUAAAUCUCACAGCAAAUUC